AUGGAACCUGACAGCGCAAACGACUCUGCUGAGUGGCGAGCAAGGAAGAGACUGAGGACGUCGCAUGCAUGCGAUGCUUGCCGUACCCGCAAGACAAGGUUGGAUCCUGCUGCAAGAGCCUCAUUGCGUAGCUUGGCUGAUAAGAAGAUAGGUGUGAUGGAAAUCAUCCUUGCGCGACGUGUGCGGCGAUCAACCAUGAUUGUACCUAUGGAUCUGAAGCCAACUCGUAAGCCCCACGUCCAGUACCUGUCGAUCGGUAGGGAACUAACUCUUGUCAGGAGAAGCAAGAACGAUCUUAUCCUAGAGAGUGUUUUGAGAGUCGAGAGAACUCUGCAUGAGCUGAGAUCCACUAUCCCAGCAAACAUCCAACUAGGCUGUCAGCAUCAAUCUCAAAACUCACCUCAAACUCAUCGCACCAAUUCAUUUUCUGGUUCAUCGCCAGAUCUCAAUCUUCGCCGUCAAAGCCAUGCCAUUCAAACACCUAACAGUCAGGAUCAGCGUGAGAGUGUGAACAACUUUGAAAAUGCGGUGCUGGACUCCAUGCACACCUCCACAACCGAAUCGAUCCUCCAAUGGCCACAUUUUGACGUGUUUCCACUCCUUCGACAUGAUGGGGAGUCGAUCUUUUACUUGGAGCAAUCGCGUACUCCACUAAUAAUUGCACCCAAUCCUAUGUAUCCAUACGUUGACGCAGAGGAUAUUACUUCCAUGCUUGAAGCAUUCGAACGCAACGUCAACUUCUGGUAUCCUUCCAUGUCUCAGGAACAACUCAAUAGUAUUAGAACGACGCUUCAAAACGGGAUGCCUGCUGAAGAUACCGUGCAUUCCUGUCUAUGCUUACUCACGUUGGCUUUGGGUUGUGCAAGCCAGGCUGCAGAGGACCUGCGAUUCACAACAGAGCCGGACGCUUCAGAGAAGGAUAGAAGACUUCGAAAAAGAAAGCUGGGAGAUAUUUACUUUCACUUGGCGUUAAAGAAGCUUCAUGUUGUACAUCUGCAGGUUGACUCACAAAGCACGCAAUGCCUCUUCUUCACAGCUCUUUACUUUGCUUCGCUAGUUAGACCACUCCAGGCGUGGGAAUACCUCAGUGCUACGGCCACAAGAUGCAUGCUUCUGCUCUCAUAUCCAACCAGUAAACAUGACACCGAUUCCGAAGAGCGGAUCAGAAGGAUAUUUUGGUCUUGCUAUAUACUGGAGAGUGAUUAUAUGGCUGAGUUAUCGGCAUGUCCUCCUUCUGGGAUCGCCCGUGUUGAAUCAUCCGUCCAGCUACCAAGUACAUAUCACACCCAUACAUCCGAUGUCGUGGAAGAAGAGUCUUCUCUCUAUUUCCUCGCCUGUAUAAGCAUGCGACGCCUGCUUAACAGAGUCCAUCAGCUUCUAUAUGCGAGAGAUACAGGCGCUGCAUUCGACCAUACUCGCUUCCCCAGGAUCGUCGCUGAACUCCAGCGCCAACUGGAUGAUUGGCGUGACGUCCUGCCAGCAUCGUUCUCGUUCAGCGUUGAUACCGAGGAGGUAGCAACGGCAGCUGGUGGAUUUCUUCGACAACGAUAUCUCACCUGCAAAGGAGUUAUCUAUCGACCGUAUCUUAUGUGGAUACUCAGCAGCAGUUAUGCCGAUGCCUCUACUUCGGCUGUCGCCCCUUCGAUACCAGAUGUGAUGAACAACUGCAAACUUUGUCUUGACGCUUGUUUACUACAUGCACUAGACCUGAGAGGCUUCCCUCAAACGGUCUUAGUUGACACAUGGAUAUGCUCACUAUCUAUGUCUGGCGCCAUGCUGAUACUACUGGCAGCAUCGCACGUACCUGCACUGAAGGAGUUCAUUGGUAAUCGCGCCACUCUUGUGGGGAGCCAUCUCGAAAGGCUGUUCAGGACCUGGCGUGAUGUUUCGUUUGGGGGUGACUCGCCGAGUGUUGAUCGCAGUAUGUGGCUUAUACAGCAGGCGGAUAGCUACAUCAGAGGGUGUUAUUAA